AUGGAUAACCUUUGCUGUCCCAUUGCGGAACCAAUUAUGGUUGACUUUGAGCUUCAUUCAGAGUUGGGUAACGAAUCCGGGGAUUUUGGUCCAGAUGCCUUCGAACUUUUCGGGGAACGUUUCAGACCCAAUGGUGGAGACAAUGGUUGGUGCAUUAGCAGCGAAAAUGGGGACUGGAAUAUUGGGGGCAGGGGCGAUGUGGUCAACAUUGAGGUCAAGGUUGACCUGUAUUACUUGCGCUUCCAGGUAGUCAAUGGUUUUGUGGGCGGCGGAGAACAGUUUACAAGCACUAUCCCUCUUGUGUCGGAUGCUUUAAAACAUAGUAGCGAGGUGGUCAAAGAGGGCAGCAGUAUUCUAUUCGUACUGAUGGUUAAACUACUCGAGUUUGUUAGAUGA